GUCACUUCCGUCCGGGCCUGGCCAGGGUUCGGGCUCCGUGGGCCGAGGAGGGGCACGGAGGUGGCAGCUGUGCUAGGAGGCGGCGCGGAAGGCCGAGGAGCUCACGCCCGGACCAAUCCCGCGUCCCGGGCCGCAAGCCCCGAUUCUGCCGCGCACCGAGAGGCGAGACCGGCCGGAUGGGCUGCUGAGCCCGGAUCGGGGACCGUGUGGAGCCCCCUGGAGCUAAAGUCAGGAUGUUUCGCUUCAUGAGGGACGUGGAGCCUGAGGACCCCAUGUUCCUGAUGGACCCCUUUGCCAUUCACCGUCAGCACAUGAACCAGAUGUUGUCGGGUGGCUUUGGAUACAGCCCCUUCCUCAGCAUCACAGAUGGCAACAUGCCAGGGACCAGGCCUGCCAGCCGCAGGAUGCAGACCGGGGCUGUCUCCCCCUUUGGGAUGCUGGGAAUGUCGGGUGGCUUCAUGGACAUGUUUGGGAUGAUGAACGACAUGAUUGGGAACAUGGAGCACAUGACGGCUGGAGGCAAUUGCCAGACCUUUUCCUCUUCCACUGUCAUCUCCUACUCCAAUACGGGUGACGGUGCCCCCAAGGUCUACCAAGAGACAUCAGAGAUGCGCUCGGCCCCGGGCGGGAUCCGGGAGACCCGGAGGACCGUGCGGGACUCAGACAGUGGACUAGAGCAGAUGUCCAUUGGGCAUCACAUCCGAGACCGGGCUCACAUCCUCCAGCGCUCCCGAAACCACCGCACAGGAGACCAGGAGGAGCGGCAGGACUAUAUCAACCUGGAUGAGAGUGAGGCCGCAGCAUUUGACGAUGAGUGGCGGCGGGAGACUUCUCGGUUCCGGCAGCAGCGCCCUCUGGAAUUUCGAAGGCAUGAGGCUUCAGCGGGUGGAGGACGAAGGGCUGAGGGACCUCCCCGCCUGGCGAUACAGGGACCUGAGGACUCCCCCUCCCGACAGUCCCGCCGCUACGACUGGUGAGGGCCCUGAGCCCUCAGCCUCUCUUGUACAGGCUGAGAGGCUGAGAAAUCAUCCCUGGAAUUACUUUUCCUCUUCAACUCCCACUCCCAAUUUAAUAUUAAAUUAACAGGCAAGCUGGCCCCCACCUCUCCCUGGGGGUCUCAGAGGGAGCCUUUCACUGCCCCUUUACCUAGUUUUUCCUUCUUUAAUCUCCUUACCAUGAUGACUUCACUUCUCCUGUAUCCUCUCACUUGAUUUUUCACUUUGCUGCUCCAUCUCCGUCUCUGCACCUCCUCUCCUUCCCUGUUUUACCCCUGCCAUGCAUUGAAGGGGCUUUAGGGGCGAGCCCUGGGUUAGGGGCCUCCCCCGUCCCUCAGCUACCCUGGGUCCACCCACCUCCUCCUCCGAUUCCCCGCUGCAGGGACUGUAGCCCUGGCCUAGGGCUGUGUGUGGAGGGAGAGGACUGGUUCUCAACCUUUUCUCCCUUCCCACCCGCUACAUAUCACAAGUCUUCCCUGCACCCUCCUCUCCCUUUAUUUUUUGAUUUGUGCAACUUGUAACAAGGUGUUUAUGGAAUAAAGGAGAAUGGAAAAAAGA